CAAACGUAUGCUUACCACAUGCUAGCAACCGCUCUCCAGUAACAUAAACUGCAUCAUUUUAAUAUGAGACGCUAAUCGUGUUAUCUUAUAACUAACGUUUAAGCCGUUAUAUUACACUAUUUAAUAAUCUGUUUCCGUGUACGAAUUACUUUAAAAUCGUAAAAAUUAUUCGAACUCGUACGCUAAGACCUAGUCUAAAGUCUCUGCAGUUUUUAAGUAACUGAGAAAGACAAAAUAGAUUCACUAAAAAAGUAAACCGGAACAAAGAAUCGUUGAGUUCAUUCCCGGCUUGGUUUCAACAAACAGCAAGUUUGAUGUUUGGUGACAAUGCACUCUGCACUCAAGUUAUAAUUACACGUCUUUGAAGGUUGAGGUUGAAUCAUGCUGAAAGAACAUGAGGAUGAGUAUACAGACUCUGCCUUUGAAUGGUCGUUUUUGGAGCUGACAGAUCGUAUGAAGCAGCACCUAGCUGAUGAUGAUCACAACCUUGUACACAAACCUAAUCUUGAUAAACCUGUUCAGUUUCAUCGUGUCAGUGAAACAGGAAUACCAAGACGGCAGUCUGGUGAAAUAGAAGAUGCAGAUUCUGGAUUCAAGGUUGAACUUCCACUUCAAAAACCACCUGAUCAGCUCGAAUUCAAACAGACAAUUGAUGGUUGGAAUUUUGAUAUUUUUGCACUGAAUAAUGUUACAAAUGGUCAUGCAAUGCAGGCUAUUGCAUAUGAAAUAUUUACUGGUCAUGGUCUCCUAGCUGAAUUUCAUCUAUUAGAAUCACAGUUUAUGAGAUUUAUCAUUCAGGUUGAGAAGCAUUACAGAAGAAAUCCAUAUCAUAAUGCAUCACAUGCUGCUGAUGUUCUUCAGACUGCAAAUUGUAUUAUUAAAAAAACAGGUUUUAUCACAUUAUUAAACAAAUUAGAACUUAUGUGUAUGUUGGUGACUGCUAUUGUUCAUGAUAUAGAACAUACAGGUACCAAUAACAACUUUCAUAAUAAUUCCAAUUCUGAACUAUCUAAGUUGUAUGUGGUUUCAAUUUUGGAAAAUCAUCAUUUGAGAGUGGGAUUGAGAAUGCUUGCAGAGUUCAAAAUUCUAAAUGCACUUGACAAAGACAAAUUUCAAGAAUUCAAAUUUAUGCUCACUACUAUGAUACUCUCAACUGACAUGGCAAACCAUUUUCUUCUUAUUACAAAUGUAAAAUUAAUGUUAUUAACAUCAACCAAGUGUAAAUCACGUAUCAGAAUACAGCGAAUAAUGAUGUUUAUGCUACAUGCAGCAGAUAUCAGCAAUCCAGCCAAACCUUGGAAUGUGCAUAAAGUUUGGGUGUCUUUGUUGUGCGAAGAAUUUUUUGCACAGGGUGAUAAAGAAAAAGAAUUAAAACUACCUGUCUCACCUAACUGUGAUCGGCUGACAGCUAAUAUAGCUACCCUACAAAUUGGAUUUGCACAGACGUUUGGAAAGGAAACAUUUGAGGUUUUGGACAGUAUGGUUGAAAAAGAACUUACCAAUGCUGGCCUUGUAUAUAAUGGCUACAAACCAUGGCAAGAAUGCUUAGAAGAAAACAUGCAAAAAUGGAAUGGAAAAUGGAAAUACAUUAAGUACGAGCAAAUUCAGGAACUCUUAGUUGAAACUGCUGCUCAUCGAAUGAGUAUUGUACCAACGAAACUGGCCAGAACACAACCAGAAAAGCGAAGUGUCUUGGCAACCCUUUGCUGUUGCUUCUGUUGCCGAGCAGGAAAAAAAUUAAAACAAGAAGAGUCAUCUUUUGUGUACAGCGGUGAGAAGUGAAGAUAAUGUGGAUGAAUAUAGUGAUACCGAAACUCAACUCCAACUAUAUAAGGAGAUGUGAAUUUAGCUGCAUGAACUUUUUACAAAUGGUUGAUCAAUUUGAAGCUCUAGCUAAGGUAUAUGCAUGGGGGACUCUUUUUCUGAUGAAAUAUUUGUCCAACAGAGACGAACUCCUUUGAAAUGUUCUUUGUUCUAUUGUUUUAUCAAUUUUUUUUUCUUCUCCAUAUUAUCAGAUUGACAUAAUUUUGUAGGCAGUUAUGAAAAUGUGCAUUUGAUUUGUAAUGUACAUAUAGUUUCCGUCCAUAUCUCACUUGUUAAGCCACAUGUAGCUAAUUUAUACAAAAUACAUGUUUCGUUUGAAAGAAAACAUGACUUGAAAUUCUUUUGAAAAAUUAACAUUAAGUUAGUGACUACAAAGGAUUAGCUUUGUUUUUUUUUUUACAUAAGUAGUGUUUUAUAUUCUCACUUGUAAAAAAACUGGUUCCAAUUACAGAUUAAUUGAAAAGACAGUAACUAUGAUUUUACUUAAAAGUGGAUUAUUAAUUUGUUUAAUCAAGUUUUCCAUUAAUAUAUUAGCUUAAAAAAAAGUUUGAGAUAUUCAUGCUGGGGUAUAAUUUUACUUGCUAUAUUAUAAAUGAAACACAACUAAUGUACUUACUAGAAUUACUUUAAAAUAUUUUAAAUAAGAAAUAUUUGCAGGGCAGCUCUGUGUAUAUUGAAGCAAGUGCAUCUGGCAGCACAUUCCCAAACUGUUAUUUCUGUAUAAGAUAGCUAAAACCCCGACAAAUUUCUUCUAAUCACUGCAUACCUAAUGUUACAUGACUUUUCAAAUUAGCUUUGAAAAGAUAAUUAAAAUGUGGCAUUGCUCAAUUUUGAAGAAAAGUUCUAUUGUUAAAACUUGUGGCUGUCUGAAUAUAAGAUUGAUGUGAUACUUAUUUUAUUUAUUCUUAUUUGAACUAGACAUAAUCUAACCUGUUGUAUUUUACUCCUUUAGUCAUUAGUUAACCGGUUAAUCUGACUGUGUGUCAAAUAUUAAUUAGUGAUAGCAAUCUCUAAAAUGUAACUCUUUGACAAGCUAUAUUAUUUUUUUUGUGUUUAAUAAUAUACUUUACUCUAUAUCAAAAAAUGCACAUAAUUUUACUUGGAAUGAUUUCUUUUUUUUUUCUGCUUUAGAUGUAUGAAAAUGUAUUGAGCUAUUGAUUGCAUGAACAUUUAUUUGUAUACAAGUAUGUUUUGUGGAUUGGCAUAAUUUUUUUACCUACAAGGAACACUGAUAUUAUACAUUGUAAAACUUCUGGACUGCUUUCAUAUUACCUCAUAAUAUUAGCAUUAAUUAAGUUUAAAUUUCAAUUUUGUAUUUCUAAAAAUACAUGUUUAAUCAAAUUUUAAAGAUUCAUUUAAUGUCUGCUAAUUUUUUAAUUUUUCAUAAUUCAAUAGUAGUACAUUUCCAAAAAGUUUGUGAAACAAUAGUGGAUUUUAUAUAUAUACGUCAAUGACAUUCUUUAGAGGUUUAGCGCUGUAAGCUCUCUUUUCUCUGCUGAUAAAUGUUUUCAUUUUUAGUCUCAGGAAUCAUCUGCCUAUACCAAAGUUUUCACUAGUCAGCAUUUUCUAUAGUCAUUUUUUUGUUUUGUUUUACAUUUUGGCAUGUACAAUGUACAUGUAUAAAAUGUACUGGCAAAUUUGUUUCAACUCUAAAAGCUCUUGUUUUUUAUUGCUUAAAAUUUUGGACAGUGUAAUUUAUCCUAAUGUGGUAGAAGUAGUUGAUCUGCUGGAUGAAACAACCUGUGAUUUUUCCCUCAUAUACAGCAUUUUUGUAUAAAAACUGUGAUAGACGUCUCUAGUGGUUCAUUUGGAAGUAGAAAAAGUUUACUAGUUUACAGGAUGGCCUGGUUACUGUUGUAAUUGUUUUCAAAAUGAGAAAUUAUGCAGCGUUAAAGUUGUGAUCACUUUAUUACAUUUUGAUUGUAUCCUUUUAAGGAGUUUCUAGCAAAGAGCCACUUUUUAAAACUCAACCUUUUGGUAAAAAACUAUUAAGAAAUAUUUUACAAACCCUUUUAUAAAUGUUAUUGAUUUGGUAUUCUGUAUUAUUGUUGUGUCAAUGAAAGUAUUAUCAUUUGUAUCUAUUAUGCUAAAACAUUUUGUUUUCAUUAUGCCAAAAAAGUAUUAUACAAAAUGAGAUGUUUGAAAGUUGUGGAUGACUAGUAAGAUCUGAGAAUAUCUGGGUGGCUAUUCCUGUCAAAAUCAGCUGUGGUGGUUGACUUUUUCAUAUAUUUUGUAUGUAAGAGCCAAACAUGAUGUAGUAAGAAAAAUUGUCAUCUGUUUGGGCUUAUUUGUAUUGAUUAUAAAAGCAGCAUUAGUUUACCUAGGCAAUUGUGAACACUUUGCAGCAGUGUGAGAAUUACUUCUAUUGUGAUCAGUUCACCCUCUGUUUUUAACUACAACCUAGUCAUGGUUUUUGUUUCUGUUUUCAGUUUUUGUUGAUUCAAUCAUUUAAGUCACAACUUUCAGAUAUGCUCAUUGGAGCAUUUUAAUUAGCUAUGAUCUAAAGCAGUAUGAAUCGAUGAUUACUUACUUGUUUAAUAAAUAUGUUUGUGGAGCAACAGAGGUAAUUAUGUUACAGGUUUUUGAAAUGUUACAAGUAUUGUGCUAUAACUGGAUAUUCUUAUUAGUCAUCUGGGACAUUCCAUAAACACAAGUUGUAUUCUAUAAAACAUUCAACAACUUUGAAGUACUUGUAUGGCAUUCACAGUAAUCCAAAGUGUGUUAAAAUAAAUUGUGCAUGAUUAUCUAGUCCAUAAUUUAGAUUUUAUUAACUAGACAUUCCAAGGUAUAUUUUACCUAACAUUGCUAAUCCUAUAUUUAGAAUUUGUCUGCUGUGGGUUUUUUCAAUGUUAUCUAGUCUUAAGGAAUUGCAGAACUGGUUUCUUAUUUCUGAAAAAUGUUUGAUAAAAUAAGGAAAACACCUUUUGUGGAGCUCUACUUAAUAUGUAAGUGUUAGUGGUGAAUAUUUAGUUAAAAAAAUAUAUAAUUGUAUGGCAUAUAAUUACCUGUAUAACGACUAAAAAUAUUCUCGCCAUAUUUGAAAUUGUUUUCUUCACCUGUUGUUUUCAUCCAUUGAAAAGAUCUCUAAACAUUUUUUAUGUCCAUCAAGCCAGUCACGACAUUUUUUUUAUGAUUUCAAUUUGUUCUUUGUUAUAUUUCUUUUUUAAUUUAUCAUUUUAAAAUAUGUAUGUUAUUUUAUUCCAUUUUAUUUUUAACACUGUUACUGCAUGUUAAUUUAAAUGACAUAAUUUUUUUUUUAAAGAAUUAUACCAUGCGAAAGCUUUUUGUUAAGCUUGUGCUGCUAACAAUACUGGUAGACUUCUUACACAUUAUUUGAGAAGAUUACUUGUUCAACUGUCUCAAAUACUAAGGAAACCUCAAAGUGAUAUUUUUACUUUAUCAAGAUGCUCAAGAAAUUAUUUAAAUUAUUAGAAAAAUAUACACAUAUAAAACCACAUACAAACUUGGUUUUUUAUGAAGAUGGUUUAAGAUAUUUUUGUACAGAAUUUGAAAAAAAAACUGAGCUUUUUGGAAACAAACCAAUGUUCCUUGGACAUUUUAUUUUUUCUAAACAGGUGUGUGUCAGAUAAUUUGUGUGUGAAAUUUAGAUGUUGCAUAAUACUAAUCCUUAUACAAGUUUGUAGCGGAAACAGUAUUAAUUAUUAACAAUUUGUUUUCAAAAGCCUCCUUUUCAAGGCAUGAUGCAUAUUUACAGUGCUCUGUUAAUUGACUAAAUGGAAUGAGGUUUAAAAAUACAGUGUUUUAAAAAAACCAUUACAUUUUAGAUUAUAUUUAUGUUGUUUCAAUUGAUGUAGCAGAAUUGUAUUGACGUUAUCAAUAAAAUGUUGAAAUUUGC